AUGUCUGCCAGGCCAGUUAUCAAGACGAGCACAAUGGCACCAGAUAUGCAGGAGGCUGCGAUCCAGGUUGCCCAGGACGCCAUUCGCGACAACAAUUUGGAGAAGGACAUUGCGAACGCGGUGAAGGCUGCCUUUGAAGGCCUUUAUCCCUCUCUGUGGCACUGCUUUGUCGGCAGGAAUUUUGGAUGCUUCGUCACGCAUGAGCACACAAAGUUUGUGUACUUGUACAUCGGGCAAAUUGGCGUAUGCCUUUUCUCCACCGCAUGA